AUGCUGGGUACAACGUUUCGUUUUGCCAGUCGUCAGAGGACUGUACCUUUCAGGGCAGUCUCAAGUCUUUCAAGCAACCCAAAGAUUACUGGGAUUGCUGACGAUUUAAAGAAAGUUGUGAAAAGCACCAAAUCUCCCUUUACGAAUUAUUUAAGUUACCUUGAGAAGGAGCCACCAAAUGAGCGUCUGGUAAUUGGAACCACCAGCGAAGUCCCUCCUACGCCCCAGUCUUUCAAUGAGAACAAGGACUUUGUGAAGAUUCUCAACGAGGUGGUGAUGGAAUACGGCCAUGAGGACGAGGACCUUAUAAACCAAGCUCGUGCAUUCGCAAGCCCAGGAGGUUUCAAUCUCGGCUCGGGAGGAGUUUUGUUUUCUCAAAAACGCCCUAACAAAGCUCGAAACCGCAACCAGGGAGCCGGCGGAGGCACUGGAGGAGACGGCGGUGCAAGUGCCCAGGGGGGAGCUGGAGGCGGCGGAAGAGGAGGAUACGUGCAUCUUAGCGACCGAAGAAACCCUCCCGACUUUGGGCGGAUAGCCUGGCCAGAGGAUAUCCUGGGAAGUGUUGAAGUCGACGAUAGAGGCACAAUCAUUGGCAAGGUUCAGCCCAGUGGAACGUAUCGAAUUCUCACGAACGAGGGAAUCUUGGGACUCGGUCCAUUCCUGCAAGGAAAGUUGAUUGAGAGGCUGCAACAGGAGGAAGCCAAGACAAAGUAA